AUGUCUCUACGUCCGUCCACUGCUCCUCUGCGUGCCCCUUUGCCUUCUCCUCCGGAGUCCUCUCUUCCUGCUUUUGCCGACCCAGAGUCGGACUCUCUUUGUGCUGCCAGUCCUACUGUCACGCGUCUCCUGGCUACUGUCGUCACUGACCCUUCUUUCGAGUCCACUGCUGCGUCUGCCCUAGUUGCUAAGCUCGUCGACUUUGCUGCUCGCUGUCGCCUAGACUACGCUGCUAGUCUUGUCGUUGAGUCUAAGCAGGAGGAGUUCCAGUGCUUGUCCGCUGCUUCACCUCAUCUCGUGUCCGUACUGCUUACCCCUGAGGGAGACCCGGAUGCACUUGACAUCCCGACUCCGCGCUCUUACGCGGAGGCGAUAGAGGGUCCCUACUCUUCUCAGUGGCAGGCAGCUAUGGAUGCAGAGAUGGCUUCCUGA